AUGUGUGUGUUUAGAAGUUUUGAAGUCCGGUGGUUCGUUCGUGAAGAUGGUUUGGGCCCUGGUGCACGUACGUAUUUGAAAGGGCUAAAAGAAAAUAUGGUGAAGAUCAUCACGAUGGCCAACGGUUCUAGAACACUUAAGUGGGAAAUGAACUGGAAAGAUGAAGUAUUGGACUUGUUGAAGGGAGAGCCUUUGGAAUUGGGCAUCUCAGGGCUAAAACAGGAUCAAAUACGGAUCAUUGGUGAUGAAGUUACGCUGGAUCACCUAUUGGCACAUACUUCGGAAAGAGCUUCAUUAGCAGUGUUGAUGUCGAGGUUGAAAGGAAUGGAUCCUGAGGAGCAGGAGAAGGUGUUGAAGAAGGUGUUGAAGUUGUUACAGGUGCCUCGAUUAGAAUGGAUCUGGUGGAUUGAUGAGUACACGGUAACGAAAGUUCAAUAUAGAGAACAACUAGAGUUUAAAGAACAUUCAAAGAAUCUAUUAGUGGUAUUGAAAGAAUUGGUUCAAGUUACAGAUCAAUUGAUUGAGAAUAACAAGUCUGAAGUGAUAAGGACUCUUGGACAGUAUUAUAUUGAGACUCCAUGGUGUGAUAAAUCAUGUGUAGCUAUAUCAAGAUCAAUCUUAUCCAAAUUAAGUGUUAAUGAUGAUCUUAUACAAGAACUAGUGAUGAUUAUUAAAGAAAAAUUCUCAAGAUUGAAAAAUAAUAAAGUAUCUAAAGCAGGUCAUAAAAAAUUGAAUAUAAAUCAAGGUCUUAAACCAAAAUUAGGAUUCAUGGAAUCCGAAGAUCAUAGACAGAUAUGGAAAACUGAAGAUAUAGAUUCAAUAUCAAUAUUUGCAAUGAUCUUAGAUCAAUUAGAAGGUUCAAAUUUGAAAAAUAAUUGGUGGAUCAUAACACCAACUAUUCUAAACAUUUUGGAUGAUCAUGAAGGUCCUAUAAAAUUAAAAGGUGUUGAAUUAUUAUCCAUAUUACUUGAUAAAAUUGAUAACCAAUAUUUCCAAAUGACUGGACUUAUUGACAUUUUUUAUGAUGCUAUUUUUCCCUUACUUUCAUACUUACCCAAAUUAACACCAGUUAAACAAUCAAAAUUAAUUUUAUCAACUACAUACCCAGUCCUGAUCAAGAUGUUUUUAAAGACUGAAAAUUCCAAUGAUCGGUUAAUCAAAUUAUUAAAUUCUGGGAUUUAUCAAGGGAUCAAUACACUUCGAGAUAAUUUUGAAAUUUUACCAAUACUUAUUACUCAAAUAAUAUCAAUUCUUGAGAAUUUGGGUAAAACUUCUGUAAGAUGUUUACCAAGAUUAUUAUAUACUUUAGGUAUGAUCUUGUCAGAUCCUUUCAUUCAUUUAAAUCAAGAGAUGUUUGUUAAAACAUUAGACUGUUUGAUCACUACAAUACUGAAUGGUUGGCCAAGGAUACAUAAACAUAAAUAUGAUUUAUUAGGUAUGAUUAUAUUAUCAUAUAGAAAGGAAGACAAAUCUAAUGAAGUAACAGAGAAGAUAACAAUUUUAGUUCAACUUUUAAGAAAUGUUAUUGAUGAGAAUGAAUUAGAAGCGGAUAUAAAAGAACUUGUCAAAUAUGAUCCUUCAUUAGAUCAAUUAUUCAAUGGAAAUUAA